AUGGCCCAAAUCUACGAACAUGAUGCAACCAGCAUUCUCCCAAUCCUAGCAUCCCACCUUCCAGACUCAAUAACCUGCCUCCGCCGUAUCCAACACGGCGUCGCUUACCCGUCUCCCACCGCCAAGAUCCUGGCCACUUUCCCGCCCUCCGCUACCCCUGACCCUGACAGUUCGUGGCUGGCUGCACGGGUGGAUCUCUUCCUGGGUCGCCAGACCCAGAUCGUGCUCUACAGCAGCCUAGAGGCCCGCACGUUACUUCCCCCGAUCGGCUCCGUCACCCAGAGUGACGGGUCCACCGAUCCCGUCUUAUCCACUUUUGACGCAGACCCAGCCGAGCUGGAUAUCGCUCGUGAUCAGCUAUUGGCGCUGAUGCGAUAUGUCAAGGAUCAUCUGUUGCCGGGAUAUCUAACAUCCCUGUCUCAAUCCGAGUCUGCCCAAAGUGCGGCUGAGGAUAAAAAUUCAAUUGUCCCGAACACUAAUGGCGUUCCACUCAUCCCGCCCCCCAGCCCAAAGGCUUUCUUAUUCGGCGCGUUACCUUCAGCUCUCUUCGUGUUGCUUUUGCGCGAUCGAGUUCUCGCUGAUACGAACGGGGAGGUUGAUCCCAUUCCCGGACUGCGGAUCCAUCGCUUUGAUAACCCGCCGUAUUAUACGUAUCUCUUCCCGCGGGCUGUUUUCGGCGCGACAAGUACAUCGGUUUUGCCGGAUGGGUAUAGGUAUCAUGAUCGGAAGGGUAGAGUCGGUGUUCUUCCGGAGCAUUUGGAUCUCGUGCAGAGUCGGACGAAUAUUCCUAGGCCGCGGGAGCAGUUGUUGAAGAUGCCUGGGGUUGCGCUUUAUUGCGAAAAUGAUGGUGAUGCUUCCCGGGAGGGGAAGGAGGAGAUGCCUAUUGCGUGGGGAUUCCUGGGUGUUGAUGGGGCUGUUGCGACGUUGCAUGUUGAGCCUGAGCAUAGGGGGAAGGGUUUGGCGCUUGCGCUUUCGAAGAAGGUUAUGAGAGAGGGCAUGGUGCCGGGGGGUACUUUUGGGGCUGAGAGGUCGGAUAUUCAGGACGAGGAGGUUAGGGGAAAGCUUGGGGAAUGGGUGCAUACUGAGGUUGCGCAGUAUAAUAAGGCGAGUAGAAGGGUAAUGGAGAAGAUUGGGGGUGAGGUUAUGUCUACUGUUAUGUGGACUGUCAUUGAGCUGGUUGAUUAA